UCAUAUAGCAAAGGAUAUCACACAGCUGGCUCGGUUUUGUAGUUGAAUGUGUAUGUAGUAUCUCCCAUGGCUGCUUCCUCUUGUUGGGUUCCAAUAUUCUCAACUCCCAGUCUUAGAUCACAAUCCAAUUCAAUCUCCAAAUCCCAAACUCUCCUUCUAUCUGGUUCGAAACUUACCUAUCAGUGUCUCGUAGUUUCGCAUCCCAUUCGAUCCUGUCCGAACAAAACCAUUCGGAUCUCUGCCUCCAUUUCAACGUCGGAGCCGGGGGUGCGCGUUGGCCCGGAGGAUCUCGUGGCCUCCAUUCUUUCCAAGGUUACACAAACAGAUGGAGGAGUUACACUAAAAGCGGAUGAACACAAAAAGGUUGCUGAAGUGGCUCAAGAAUUGCAAAAAUAUUGUGUUGAUGAGCCUGUGAAAUGCCCUCUUAUAUUUGGAGAUUGGGAUGUGGUUUAUUGUUCGGUGCCUACAUCACCCGGGGGUGGCUACAGGAGUGCAUUCGGCCGCCUCAUUUUCAAAGCAAAGGAAUUGAUUCAGGUCGUUGAAGCUCCCGACAUUGUCAGAAACAAGGUGUCGUUUUCUGCCUUGGGGUUCCUUGAUGGAGAGGUCUCUUUGAAUGGGAAGCUGAAGGCUCUGGAUGAGAAAUGGAUUCAAGUGGUGUUUGAGCCACCUGAACUGAAAGUGGGAUCAUUACAGUUCCAGUAUGGUGGUGAGAGUGAGGUUAAGCUGGAGAUCACAUACAUCGAUGACAAGAUUAGGUUGGGGAAAGGCUCCAAAGGUUCUCUAUUUGUCUUCCAAAGACGCAAAUCAACUUCGUGAAUUGUUUAACUAGAGGCAAAUUUUUGUGCUGCUAUUUCAAUCUCUCUGGUCGGUGUAAUAUAAAUGUGUAACAUGAUCUUCUCAGAAAUUUCUACUAUUGAUGUGUUUUCUCA